AGUCUGAGCGUUCCCACAGACUAAAAUGAGCUUUUUGUCUUCAGACUGUCACAAGAAAAAUAGCCAAACGUUGUUUUCACAGAAGUUGCCCGAGUCCGCGUCCACGGAGGGGAGACGGCGACCUGCUGCAGGGAUCAGCGGCAUCCUCUGAGCCUCAGCAACUCUGACACGCAGCAGCAAAAAGAUUCCACACUGGAAAACUGUCCAGAGACGCAGUGAGGCAUCAUGACGACACUGUUGGACCUGAAGAGCAGCGUGCUGCGGCAGGUGCAGAGGAGCCAGUCGCUGAGAAGCCGGAGGGAGCCGCCUCCCACCGCCGGCAGCCCCCUCACACACUGCCCUGACCCCUUACCUCGCAGGAUGUCGGAGGAGUGCACGGAGUUCUUUGAGCGCAUGAACACCAUCCUGCAGAAGCAGGAGAACAUGAUGCGGGCGGCCCAGGCCGAGAGCCAGAGAGGGGCCUGCACAGUGCCGCCGCCUCAAGAGCAUGUGGACCAGGCUUUUAUCGCGGACCGGAUCAGCAGGACGGAGCUGGACCUGCUUUAUGAGGAAGCUGUGUACACGGUGGUCAACAGGGUCGGAGUGCCUUCACCAGAACAGGUCAAAAGUGAUGAGGAGCUGUUUGCCUACCUGCUGAAGGUGUUUGAUAUGGGGGAGGAGGAACAUGAAAUCACUCUCCAAAAAGUCAAAGAGUCCAAGCGAGCCAAUUUUUCCUUGAGAAUUUCUGUAAUGAAAGCGAAGAAUCUGAUGGCCAAGGAUGCAAAUGGGUACAGUGACCCCUACUGCAUGCUGGGAAUCCUGCUGGGCCAGAGCCCCCGGGAGACGGACGAGAAGAAGGAGCGGAAGUUCAGCUUCAGGAAACGGAGGGAGAAGCUGGAGAAGCGCUCCAGCACCAAGGAGGUGCUGCCGGCCCGCUGCAUCCAGGUGACCGAGGUCAAGCCCGAGACCCUCAACCCGGUGUGGGACGAGCACUUCGUCUUUGAAAUAGAUGAUGUCCACAGCGACCUUUUACAUCUGGACAUAUGGGAUCACGAUGACGACGUUUCUGUCGCUGAGGCCUGCAAAAAGCUCAAUGAAGUCAGCGGCCUUCGAGGGAUGGGAAGGUACUUUAAGCAGAUAGCAAAGUCAGUGCGCGCUAACGGCUCUGCCUCAUCGAGCUCGGAGGAGAACGCCGACGACUUCCUCGGCUGCAUCAACAUCCCCCUGAAUGAGAUCCCCGUGGUGGGCUACGACACUUGGUUCAAGCUGGAGCCCCGGUCCAGCGCCUCCAAGGUUCAGGGAGAGUGUCACCUGAUCAUGAAGCUCUUCACCAGCCAGAGAGACACAACUUUAUCAAAGAAGGACACGAACGUCUCCAUCCACCGGAAACUGCUGACUCAGAUUGUGGAGUAUGAACACACUCACAUCAAGAGGGAGCCGUACAACUGGAACGGGCAGGUCUCCCCUCCUGCGUGGACCGUGCUCACCCACCACGCCGUGCAGACCGACCUGUCACCUCUCCAGCAAGCCAUCAUUCGCUGGCAGUGCUACAGCAGCCACCAUCGGACCCAGAGGUUGUGCUACUCCCUGCUGCUGCGCCUCCUGAGGACCAUCGACGCAGAGUGGGACCCCCCUGCCGUGCGGGGCGACCUGGAGAGGCAGCUGUCAGACAGCUUCAGGCUGUACACAGAGCACUGCCUGUGCCUGAUGAAGAACAUGCGUCAGGUUUUCCCCUGCAGCAGCGCCGCCGCCAUUACACGCUACGAGCUCAUGUUGAGGGGGAUUGGCUACAUGCAGAACAUGCGGGCGUUCAAGACCGUGUGCCCCCUCCGGAACGAGCUGCACUUGGACAUCACCACUGCCGUCAAGAAAGGAGCGUGCGAGUGGUACGAGAGCCUGAUUGCCCGAUAUAAACCCGAGGACGGGACUCUGGAGGAGCAGCUGAAGAAGCUCGUGCAAGUGGUCGACGCUGUGUGCGGGGAUGUCCAGAGAGGCCAGAACAUCUACAACAAACUAUUCUACAGUGCAGUGAAAGUAGAUUUCUUCAGCAUUGUGUACAGGCAGCUGGAAAAACAGGUAGCGGAUGAUGUGAAUGUAGCGAUGGAGCGGGUGUGUGGGACUCUGGAGCAGGAGAGCUCCCGGUUGACUCAGACCAUGGGAGAGACCAUCUUUGAGCUCUUCAUGUCCUUGAAAAUCCUCAAAGGCUUUCGAGAGUUUCUUCCACUCAAGGAUGCUAAAAUGCUAGCCUUGACUGGCUUUCAUAACUGGUUCAAGUCCUCCAUUCACAAGUGGCUGCAGAUCGUUCACGAGAGAUCCUGCGACAGGAUCCGGAACGCCGUGGAAACAGACACGUUCGAACCCCUGCAGCAAGUCAAGCACAGCUCGUCCGCAGUGGAAGUGGCGGCUUGCUUCAGCCAGGUACGCGAGAUCUGGCACCAGCUGGCCUGGCCAGACUCUGCGGGGGCCUUCAUCUUUGUCACCCGGCUGACGGAUAACUUCUGCAGCGAGGCCGUUUGCUACUCGGAGAUGAUCACGCGCAAGAUUGAGAGGAGCCAGCUGGGCCGAGACCACAAGAGCUUCACCGUGCAGCUCUGCAUCGCCCUGAACGACAUGGAGCACGUGCGGGUCUUCCUGGGUCACCUGCCCCGCGACCUGGACUGGCCCGGCGUGGAGCGGGCCAUGGAGGAGUCCUGCGGGCCGGAGGGGAAGGAGCAGGUGUACAAGGCGCUCAACGGACAGCUGUUCAACAUGGACCUGGACCUGCAGAGGGAAGCCAAGCGCCUCAUCUCACUGCUCACUGACAAGAUGCUGCCCGAGCUGCGGCGCUACAUCCAACACAUCAGCCUGUCUCCCGACUCCAUCAACAAUGACGACGCUGUUUCUCCUCUCAUGAAGUACUUACAAGACACUAUGGUCAUUCUCACGGAGAACCUGGUGAAGGAGAACCUGAGCAGAGUUCUCCAGAGCUCAUGGGAGCUGCUCCUGCGCAUGAUCCUGGACGCCGUCACAGAAAACAGGGGCGUUCAGGUGGAGUUUUACAACCGCUUCCAGUACACAGUGGAGAGACUGCUGCAGUUCUUCCAUGCAAAGGGAGAAGGUCUUUCCCUUGAAGACAUGAAGAGUGGAGACUACAAGGCUUUGGAAGAGGAGCUCAAGCUGAAUAAGUGUUCCUCCUUUGAGCUGAUUGAGCAGUACUAUCUGGAGAAGAUUUCACACCAGAAAACCCUGAAGCACACGCGUUACGGCCGGAUCAGUGUGAAGUGCUACUACGACGCCCCGGAGCAGAGGCUGACCGUGGAGAUCCUGCACGCCGCCGACAUCAUCGCGCUGGAUGCCAACGGCCUGAGCGACCCCUUCGUCAUCGUGGAGCUCUGCCCCCACCACCUCUUCCCUCUGGCCAAGAGUCAGCGCACACAGGUGAAGCUGAAGACGCUGCACCCGGUGUUCGACGAGCUCUUCUACUUCCACGUCAGUCCCGAGCAGUACCGACACAGGUUCGCCUGCCUGACCUUCACUGUGAUGGACUACGACUGGCUGUCCACCAACGACUUCGCCGGCGAAGCCGUCGCUCCGCUCAGCGACUUCUGCUGGCCGGGGAGGCCGAGCGCCUCGCCAGCUGGCAAGAGCGUCCAGCCCGUCAUCCUGCACCUGUCUCGCAGUAAACCCAGCGAGAAGCCAAUCAUGAGGAUGCUGGACGCCCGCAUCGGAGACAGGGAGGCUCAGGAGUUUGUCCGCAGGCUGAAGGAGAUUGAGAAGUCGAUGGAGGAAGAGUAAAAGCUGUCAGCUGUCUCGGUGUCCCGCAACAUGUGCUUUUUGUACUGGUACAAAAUGUUUACAAGAUUUACUCUUCUUUUUUGUUUUUUUGUUUUUUUUUUUCCAAUGUACCGUUUGUUCAGUAACUAUACCAAAAUGAAAAGAAAAAAAACAGGAAAACGGUGGAAGCGUAUUGCUGUUUCCUCACUGGGAGGCGGACAUCCUGUCACUGUGCAACUCUAUACUGUCUCAGUUAAACUCUAUUUUAGAACUGGAUGGAUAGUCGAUCCUAAAUGUUCGUAGUCUCUAUUUUUUGUAAUGAGGUAACUGUUAUCUUUGUUGUAUAAUCUUUGAUAUGAUAGAUUUAACAUUAGAAAACUAUUUUGUGGGAAGUAGCUUACAUAUCCAACAGUCGUCAGUCAGAGUCUGAAUCUAUACCUCAGAUAUGCUCAUUAGUCGCAGGGACAUUUCAAAGGUGUUGAGACUUUCUGCGUAUUUCAUGGACGUCGUGAAGAUGAAACUUCCAUGAACGUGGAGCAUUUAUCGAGUUCCUUUCUCAGCUUAAAUAUGGAUCUGCUCAGAGAAAUAAUGAUAUUUAUCAGUUGCUUCGGGGGAUUGCUUUGU